AUGCUUCACGCGUCUCGUUCACUGAUUCGCACGUCGUCAGACCUGCACACAUCGAUUCGAAAUUCUUCAUCGACAAAACACGUAUUCGCAUGUGUUCUCGGUUCCGGUGUAGCUGGAAGCUCUGUAGCUUAUCAUUUGACGAAGAGAAAUAUCAAAGAUGUACUCCUCUUGGAAAGAGCAUCCGAUGGAGACUUCGGCGUACACGGCGUUGCAUCACCAUCUGGAACAUCCUUCCAUUCUCCUGGUCUCGUGUCAGCCAGUCAUCCAGCUCACAGAUAUAAGCCGAUUUUGGCUCAUUCCAUCGAGCUCUACUCGAAAUUGGAAGCCGAAACCGGAGUGAACAUUGACUUCCAACCAACUGGAACCAUCCGAUUGGCCACAAAUGAGACUCGAUUGGCUGAAUUCAGAAAAUAUGUGAACCGUGAUUACUAUAAGGAAGGAGAUGUAUGCAAAACGACGCUCCUCACCCCGGAUCAAGUCCGAGAGCUUGCUCCAGACGUAGAUCACUCGAAAAUCCUCGGAGCUCUUCACACAACCAACGAUGGAACUAUCUCGGCUCGGGCUCUCACUCAGGCUCUCGUCGUUGGAGCCAAAAAUGGUGGAGCACAAGUGAUUGAUGGUGCAAUUCCGAAAGAAAUUAAAUAUGAUAAGGAGAAAGGACAUUGGAUUAUUGCGUUGGAAGAUGGAACACUCGUUACCACAAGGAAUUUGAUUAAUGCUGGCGGAAUUUGGGCAAAUGAUAUUGCACGGCUCUCUGGACAUGCUCUACCUGUUGUUGUCGUUGAGCAUCAAUAUGCUGUGCUUACGCCAAACAAAACGCCAGGACCAACACCAGCAAUCAUCGAUCAUGAUUCGACAUUCUACGUACGAAAAAGUGGAGAUGACUAUCUUUUCGGAGGUUUCGAGAGUCUUGAAAAGACCGUAAUCCGUGAAGAUUGGUACAAGAAAGGAGUACCAACUGAAGGAUCGAAAUCAAUUCAAGCAGAUUUCUCACGCCUAGAUGAUGCCUACAAACGGGCUUGUGAUCUGAUUCCAGGCCUUCAAGGGUCGAAAGUUGAUGCAAGAGCUGCCGUAUUUAGUAUGACUCCAGAUGGUUAUCCGCUAGUUGGACCAUAUGAUAAGAAUUAUUGGAUGUCAACUGGUUUCCUCGAUGGAGUCAGCAGUGGUGGUGGAAUUGGAAAAUAUUUAGCUGAUUGGAUAGUUGAUGGAGAACCACCGGCAGAGUUGUUUGAUACGGAUGCGAGUAGAUAUGAGAGAUGGGGAGAUCGAAAAUUCUUUACUGAACGAUCUCGUGAGACGUACUCCAUGUACUAUAACUGGUCGUAUACUGAUCGAUCGGCUGGACGACCGACUGAUCGAAUUAGUGGAGUCUAUGGAAGACUUAAGAAGGAUGGGGCUUCCUUUUCGUUUAGAAAUGGUUGGGAAGUGGCGAAUUCGUUCAAUAUGGGUGUCCAGAAUGAGGAAUACCUUCCGACUUUAAUUCGAGAAUAUGAAAUGGUUACCAACAAAUGUGGAGUUAUCGAUUUAUCGUGGAAGGGAAAAAUUGAGGUUAAAGGAAAUGAUGCUGAGAAGUUGAUGGAUUAUGCGAUUGCUUCUCAGAUCCCAGCACUCGGAAAAAUCAGCUCGGGCCUAAUGCUGACCCGUCACGGAGGUAUCCUUGGUCCAAUGAUGAUUUUCCAUCAUGAUCGCCAGCGUUCGGCGUUCAUCUUGCUCACCGAGCCCGAACGAGAAUCACGAGAUUUGUAUUGGCUCCGAAGAGCAGCCGCCGAGAAGAAGUUUGAUGUUCAGGUGUCUAUCGUCUCUGAAUAUCUUGCAUCUCUGGCUCUUGUCGGACCAAAAAGUCGUGAAGUUUUGUCUGCACUGACAAAAUCCGAUGUUUCGGAUGAAGGAUUCCCACAGAAAUCGACACGAAUGAUUCGUCUUGGACCAGUUGGAGUCGUCUGUGCGCGAUCAUCAACAUCGACUGGACAACUCUCCUACGAGCUAUUCCACAAUCGUGCCGAGACCGCGAAACUCUACAAUGCUGUGAUGAGCGCGGGCCGUGAACACGGAAUUGUGAACUUCGGACAAGCGGCGUUGAAUAUGAUGAGAUUGGAGCAUGGAUAUAAGAUUUGGGGAAAAGAGCUCACUUUGGACACUAAUCCAUUCGAGUGUGGAAUCGGUGGACUUGUUGAUUUUGAGAAAAAGGAAUUUAUUGGACGGGAAUCUGCUCUUGAGUUGAAAAAGAAGGACUUUGAUCGUCGCCUCGCAUUGAUUACAUUUGAUACGGAAGAGGGAUGUGUGUUGGAUGAUAGAUAUGUUCCAAGCGGAAAUGAAGUUAUUCGAAUCGAUGGAAAAGAAGCGAGAGUCGGCCAGAUCACAUCCGGAGCCUACAAUGUCCGCCUUCAGAAGCCUAUUGCAUUCGCGUGGAUUGACAACGCCGUUGGAAAGAACGAACGGCUCGUCGUUGACAUUGGAGACAAACGACUUUUCGCCACCAGUCUGGAGACCCCAACGAUCCCACCAAUUCAAUAAACCCUCGUCCCCUUUGGCACUAAAUUUUUUAAAUUCUAAAUCCCCUCUGAUUUUCCCAUUUUAUUUAUUUGUUGUUUCCCUCCUUGCCCCGACCCCUUCGUAUUCAUUUUUAUGUGUGUGUAGAACGUUUUUUUUUCUCUUAGUUUUUAGUCUCUCACUGACUGCUGCCUGCUCUUAUUCGGUUAAUAUAAAUAAAGUAUCCAGUUU